AUGGCCACAAUCAGCUUAGGGAACACCAGCCCCACAGAAGGCGUCGUCAAACACAUCGACUCAAAGCAAGCAACUGUGCAGGUCCAACCUGUGACAAUAGACAUUCCAUCUUUGACACCUGCUGCAACGCCAGAGACCUCUCCAUCUGACGAAGUAAUGGCGGGGAAGAAGAUCUACUCGCUAGAGAGGCCAGAUGACCGAGCAAGAGAAUUUGCCGCCAAACUGACCUUGGAGGAGCAGAUCUCAUUGCUCGCUGGAGCAGACUUCUGGCGGUCUGUGGGUAUUCCUGAAAAGGGUAUACCCUCGAUCAAGACAUCAGACGGACCCAAUGGCGCUCGAGGAGAGUCUUUCACUAACGGUACACCUGCUGCGUUGUUCCCUUGCGGCAUUUCUAUGGCAUCCACUUGGAACUUGGACAUAAUCGAAGAGAUUGGCCGACAUCUUGGAGAAGAGACUAAAGCCCGUGGCGCCAACGUGCUACUUGCGCCCACUGUGUGCAUGCACCGCUCACCCCUUGGUGGACGAAACUUCGAAUCGUACUCGGAAGAUCCUUUUCUCACGGGAAAAUUAGCUGCGUCGUACGUUCGUGGCCUUCAGAGCAAGGGCGUCGCUGCCACCAUCAAGCAUUUUCUUGGGAACGAACAGGAGACCGAGCGACAGGCCUAUAAUGCUGUCAUUGCUGAGCGACCACUUCGUGAAAUUUACCUGAAACCAUUUGAGAUUGCUGUCCGAGAAGCAUCACCGUGGGCACUUAUGAGCGCAUAUAACAUGAUCAAUGGUGUUCAUGCUGAUGAGUAUGAACAUUCGAUCAAGGAAAUUCUCCGAGGCGAGUGGGGUUGGGAUGGGACCAUCAUCUCUGACUGGACAGGUACAUAUGCUACCGCCCCUUCAAUCAAAGCCGGAGUCGAUGUUGAAAUGCCAGGACCUUCAAAAUGGCGCAAAGUUGACCAAGUGAAGGAGUCUCUGAGGAAGGGCGAGCUUGUUCGAGAAGACAUUGAGGAGGCAGCCGCCAGGGUACUGUACCUUGUGGAUAGGACCAAAGGUCUAAACAACCUGACGCCAGAGCAUCCAGAACAGUCUAUUGAUAACGUCGAAACACGUAAUCUGAUUCUUCAAGCUGGUAUUGAGGGCUUGACUUUGUUGAAAAACGAGAAAAACGUACUGCCUAUCAAGAGCGCAAGGAAGAUUGCGAUGAUCGGACCCAAUGUCAAGCGCGCUAUUGCCAGCGGUGGAGGAAGCGCAGGCUUGAACCCCUACUACAACAUUACUCCCUGGCAAGGCAUCCAGAACCGAUUCGACGGUGAGGUCACAUUCGCUCAGGGUUGCGAUAGCUCAAAGUGGUUGCCGCUGGCUUCACCAUACUGUACUUCAAAUGGCGAGACGGGCGUAAGAUUGGAGUACUACAAAGGUGACAGGUUCAAGGGCGAGCCAGCAGUCGUUCAGCACAAGGUUAGCACGGAUCUCUGGCUCUGGGAUUCUGCACCAAUGGAGCUGCUUCCUGAUUAUUCCUUCAAAGUUACAACCACACUCACUCCCCGCUCUACUGGAAACCAUAGCUUUAGUUUUGCUUCGGUAGGACCAGGACGCAUGUUUCUCAACGGCGAGCUGUUUAUUGACAAUUGGGACUGGACUGAAGAGGGCGAGGCCAUGUUUUCCGCUUCUGAGGAUGUGUUGAAGUCGAUUCAACUCGAGGAAGGCAAGCCGGUUGAGAUUCUUAUCGAAAGUACCAACGAGGUCCGACCUGCGUCCAAAGUCUCCGUCCUCGGCCGUCGCUAUGAUUAUGGCGGCUGCCGCAUUGGUUACGAAGAGGAAGACAAGGUGGACCGUUUACAGGAAGCUGCAGACGUAGCGCGAGCCGCCGACGUUGCCAUCUUGGUAGUUGGCCUAGACGCUGAGUGGGAGUCAGAGGGCUAUGACAGACAGACUAUGGAUCUUCCCAAGGGUGGCUCGCAAGAUCGUCUGAUCGAGGCGGUUCUUGCUGCCAACCCCCGCACCGUUGUUGUCAACCAAUCCGGGACACCCAUCACAAUGCCUUGGGUGCACAAAGCUCCUGCAAUCUUGCAGGCUUGGUACCAGGGUCAGGAGGCUGGCAACGCUCUCGCCGAUGUAUUGCUCGGUAACCAAAGCCCUAGCGGAAAGCUUCCAACAACCUUCCCAGUGCGCAUUGAAGACAACCCAGCCUACCACAACUGGCCUGGUGAGAAUCUGGACACUGUUUAUGGCGAGGGUAUCUACGUAGGCUACCGGCACUAUGAGCGCUCCAAGAUUGCACCCCUCUUCCCCUUCGGCCACGGUCUAACAUAUACAAGUUUCGAGUAUGGCACACCAACUGCCAGUAACACCAUCCUCUCAGAUUCAGAGGGAGUUGCCAUCACGGUUCCCGUGACCAACACAGGACCAGUCGCAGCGCACGAAAUUGUGCAGGCCUACGUCAAAGAUGUCAAGUCCAGGCUUCCACGACCGGAGAAGGAGCUCCAAGCUUUCGGCAAAGUGUUUUUGCAGCCUGGUGAAACGAAGGAUGUGGUAUUGAAGCUUGACAAGUACUCUGUGGGGUACUUUGAUACGAGUCUGGGGCAGACGGGUGCGUGGAUUGCGGAGGAGGGGUUGUUCGAGGUAUUAAUUGGCGCCAGUAGCGCUGAUAUCAGGGCAACGCUUAGCUUUGAGGUCAAAGAAAGCUUCGAGUGGAUUUUCUAA